GAAUGUGAGAGGUAUUCCGAUGCUCAAAAUGGCGACAAUAGUGAGGGUAAAACGAAAAAGAAACGCAGAAGCCGUCCAAAAUAUUCUUAUGUCAUGUAAAAAGGCCAAAACAGAUGAAGCUGGGAGUGUAGCUAAAGAUGACAAUGUUUGUCAGAGUUAUCUUAAGUUUGCUGGGACUGUCACAUCAAAGGGAGAAGUGAUAUCAAAGCACAUCAGAGAUGCGAUUCGAAAAGAAAAACUACAGAAGGAAUACAAAAGCCAUCAAUCUGUGACUAGUGUAUUACACAGAAAGAGACAGCAUCAAAAGGAGUCCUCAAAGAACAGUAGGCUUAAAAUCACUUCGACCCUUCGAGCUUUAGAUCUUGCAGAGCUUGAUAAGGAAAAUGGAGAGGUUAGUCAAACAGAGAGACCUUCAACAGUGCAGUCUCCUGCAGAAGUGUGUGAACAGUGUUUACAGAAUAUCGAAAAUAAAUCAGGAGCUCUUGAAAACAGAGUAAAAGAUGAAGUCAGUGAAAAACAGAGAGAAACAAUUAUUUGCACCUGUAAAAAGAAAAAGAAACCAAAUGAUGAAGACACUCUAGAUAAAACUCUUCCAGUAGCUAGUCUAACAAAUGGUGCCCAGGCAGCUGAAAAAGUAUAUCAUCUGUACGAUGUAGAAGAUACAGAGUCAUCAUUGCCAACAUUUCAGUCAUUAUUGCAGGAAGCUCAGAAUGCUAGCUUUGUCACCUGCAAUUCUGAGCAAAUGGUGCAUGAGCAAGUGCAGCCAGACAGGCAAGAAGACUAUGUGUAUGAUCUGUAUUACACCAAUAGUAGAGAUUUUAACCUCCAAAUUCUAGAGAGCUCCUUAUCAAUUCAUUCUCUAAGUGCAGACAAUUUUGAGUUUGCAAACAAUGAGGAAGAGGAUGAUGAAGUGUAUGAGGAUGAAGAUGAUGAAAAUGAGGAGGGGAAUUGGAGGAAUGAUUACCCUGAUGAGGAUCCAAGGUUCUUUGAGAAUGAAGAUUUAGAUUAUGUGUAUGGAACUGGCAGUGAUGACUAUCAGGCCUUUGAUUAUGAUGACAGGGGUUUGGCCGAGUGGAUGACUUCUGGGUGCAAUAUUGAGGAUAAAGGUUAUGAUUCUUCCAGUGAAGAUACAGAUGAAGAAAAUCAAAGCACAUAUGAAAGAUUUAAACGACGGGUAACCAAAGAGUUAAAGAUUAAUAAUUCAUAACAUAUUUUGGAUUUACUUCCCUUUAUUUGUUACAGAGAUUUUUAAAAUUGACUUUUUUAAAGUAGAAAUUAGGUUCAUGUGUUAAAAAAACAAUUUGUUUUAGAUACUGUAUUUACAUAUAAGAUUUUUUAUUAUCAUUUUAUUUCUGUGAUUACAAAGAUAUGUUUUGAAAUUCAUUUAUUUUCAAAAUCAAUGUGUCAAAAUAUUUGUAAGCAGUUUUGUUUCCACAAUAAUAGAUGUGCAUAUUUUGGAUUUAAUGUUUAUUAAUUCAAGUCAUAAAAUUUGUAUAUUUGUCUUCAGUUGAGCUGAAAUGCAAACAAUGUCAACAACUGAUGCAGAAAAUCUUUUUUUGAUGUUUAUAUUGUUAAAUAAUAUCACACCUUGCAAUUCAAAUAAUUAAACAGAUUAAAAAAUAUAUGGGCAAUUAUUUUUGAAGCGGGUUUCAAAUUACUAGUUGUUUUUAACAGAUACUUUAUAUAUACAUUUAAUUAUGAUAAAAAUAACCCUGUUUUUAUGGUAAAGAUGAUGUUUGACCUUUUGAAUACCCUAUAAAAAAUAAAAUCCUGUGGUUGGGUGGCUCUGAAAUUUAUGACAUGUGUAAACCUUUAAAGGGUUUUUCUGUUAUUUAUUUUAUACAUACUUUCAUAUGAUUGCAAAAUAAAGAGAUAAAAAGCACCCAGCUUGACUUGUUUGUCUGCAUGUAGCAACAGUAUAGAUAACACUUUGCUCUGAAGGAAAUUUUAACAACUUUUGAUGCAUUUGCUGAGGUUUUGAUGAAUCAGGGUGGAACUUGGAAUUUGUGAAAAAUCUAUGUCCACAUUUUCUCUUUCCUUCUUGGCUCAUACUUCUUGAAAGAGUGUCGUUGGUUCAAAAGCGUGCAGAGACCUUGAACCAAGUUUUUUGCUUAUGUAU